CCCCACUUAACUCCCGGGACUGCUGUGAAAAGAAAACGGGGGGCGGGAGAAUCGGGUACCCGGGGCCCUUGGCGACAAGCGGGAGAGAGAAGCCUACGAGAUGGGCAGAGUGUGUCUUGUCUCUCCGCAGGAAGCUGGAGCGGAUGCGCGAGCGGGAACGCAAGCAGGAGCAAAAGCGCAAGAUCUCCAGCUUGUCCUUCACCUUGGACGAGGAAGAGGAAGAGGACGGAGGAGAGGAGGAGGAGGAGGAGGAGGUGGAGCUUGAGCGGGAAGAGCUGCCCACUAAGAAGAGGAAACUGGGGAAGAAUCCAGACGUGGACACCAGCUUCCUGCCUGACCGGGACCGUGAGGAGGAAGAGAACCGUCUCCGAGAAGAGCUCCGCCAAGAGUGGGAAGCUAAGCAGGAGAAAAUCAAGAGUGAAGAAAUCGAAAUCACCUUCAGCUACUGGGACGGCUCUGGACACCGGCGGACAGUCAAGGAAGCCCCUCCUAAAGGUUAUCGAAUGCCUGCAGUUGGCUCCCUUGGGGUGCGAGAGAAUGAGCCGCUGCCCUCUUCCACAGGGGAGGCCUUUGACGAGCCCACUUGUGCCUCCUCUCUGCCGUCCCGGACCCGGACCGGUGUGGCCGGGUUUGGGGUGAAGGGUGGUGAACAGCGUUCGGGCUGCACAGGAAACACUGUGUCCCACGCCGGGAAGGUGGUGCUGCGCAGCUGGUACGAGAAGAACAAGCACAUUUUCCCCGCGAGCCGAUGGGAGCCCUACGACCCUGAGAAGAAGUGGGACAAGUAUACGAUCCGCUGA